GAGCAGACUCCUGUUAUCGGAACUUCGAAUACCGAAACAGCUGACAGUCGCAUACAACGCUCCGUAUCGGUAGUACAGUUCCGUGCCGGAUCUCUACCUCUUUUAAUAAUGACAAUACUAACACCGAAUUUAGCAAUAACGUUAACGUUUAGUUCGUAAGACAGACUAUUUUCGAUUUUCGAGUGGACUUUUAGUCAUAAAAACGCGAUACAAUGGGCGAGAGGGAGAGGAUAGGCAAGAAUCCUAUCAGGGUUGGUUUCUACGAUAUUGAAAGAACGAUUGGAAAGGGUAAUUUCGCUGUUGUUAAACUCGCCAAGCAUAGGAUAACUAAAACUGAGGUUGCAAUUAAGAUAAUUGAUAAAAGCCAAUUGGAUGCCAGCAAUCUUCAGAAAGUAUAUAGGGAAGUUGAUAUAAUGAAGAGAUUAGAUCAUCCUCAUAUAAUCAAGCUGUACCAGGUAAUGGAAACAAAAAACAUGAUCUACUUGGUUUCGGAAUAUGCCAGUCAAGGAGAAAUUUUUGAUUACAUCGCUAGGUAUGGUCGGAUGACUGAGGACCAUUCAAGGAAUAAAUUUUGGCAAAUUUUGUCAGCUGUAGAAUACUGCCACAACCGUAAUAUAGUUCAUAGAGAUUUAAAGGCUGAAAAUCUUCUUUUAGAUUCAAAUAAUAAUAUAAAAAUAGCUGAUUUCGGAUUUUCCAAUUAUUAUACCGUCGGUGGUCAAUUAUCAACAUGGUGUGGAUCGCCCCCUUAUGCCGCACCUGAGGUUUUCGAAGGAAAAAAAUACGUCGGUCCGGAAAUUGAUAUAUGGAGCUUGGGUGUAGUUCUAUACGUUUUAGUAUGUGGAGCUCUACCAUUUGAUGGCUGUUCAUUACAAGCUCUUCGAGAUAGAGUUCUAUCCGGUAGAUUUAGAAUCCCAUAUUUUAUGAGUUCAGAUUGCGAGUCUCUUAUAAGAAAAAUGUUAGUAUUAGAACCGAAUAAGAGAUAUAGCAUUCAACAAAUUAAAAAACAUCGUUGGAUGCAAAUGGGCGUACUUCCCAUACUACCUCAUACAAUUAAAACUUCGAACGCUCAACCCAAUGAACAAAUUUUGAGACUCAUGCAGAGUUUGGGCAUUGACAGCACAAAAACAAGAGAGUCAUUACGCCUAGCUAGCUACGACCACCAUGCUGCCAUCUAUUAUCUCCUCCUAGACAAACUGAGAAGUCAGUUAGUAGGUGGUGAUAACCAAACAGGAGUUCGUGAAGCUCAAAGACGAAGACCGUCGAAUGUAGCUGAACAAGCGAUGAGGAAGAUCUGCCGAGCAAGUACCACAGAAGACUGUCGUAGAUUACUUCACAACACUUCUGCUGCUGCGCCCACUGCAAGCAACAGCAGAAUAUGCACUAAAGGAUCAAGAACCUGCGAUUCGCCUCCCUCGCACGGAAUAGACGCUGCUAAGUUAUUAGCAGCGACGAAUAGUGAGGACGCUUUGAAGAUUUUGAAUCAAGCUAGUACUAAAACUGUGUUUAGCAUGUGUAGCGAGGCAACUAAAUUAAUGUCUACUUUGCAGAUGUCUGCUAUACCGUCACCUUCUGUUGAUAAUACAGGUUUUAAAGAGUAUAACCAUCAAGGCCAUGGGAUACCAUAUUUAAAUGCUGGGAGCUGUCUACCAUCACUCGACAUUCUUGAAUCCAAAGGGUCCAUCGGGAGGUUUUCAACAAAUUAUAAAAGUGCAGAAAUUCAAACCCAAUACUCCAGUUCGACGGACGAAGGUGUUGAAACUGAUCUCGAAGAUCACCCACCUCGGUUAAGCUACACUUCAUCGAAUUCAUCAAGCGGCGUUAUGACCAAUUUCAAUACAUCGAAAAGUCUCAGUCAAAAUUUAAGCUGUGAUAGUAAUUUUGAAAGUUUGGAGUAUCCAUUAUCCGAAUCCAGCGAAUUAGCUAGUAGCUUACCUAGCUGCACCUCAACAGAAAAAAAACCCGAACCCGUGUUAACAUCAGCCAAUGCUCUGUCCACACACUAUUCGUUAACAACGAAACCGAUUUUUCAUAAGCAUAAUCCGCUAUCGCACAUAUCCAGCUUCAAAACGACUAGAGGAAUUACUAGAUCUCCUGUCGACUUCAGAGAGGGUAGAAGAGCUAGUGACGGACUAGUUGCUCAACAAGCAACAGAUACUGGUAAAGUGGUGGCGUUCAAUUCACAAAAGUUUACUGAGAAACGUAAAGCCAAAGGAGUAUUGGAUAUGCACCUAGUUCAACGCGAGAAUCAAAGACUGCAACCGCAACACCCAGUAACGGUAAGGGAAAUAUCCGAAGAGGUAACACCAAGACAAAAUCAAUACCUGCAACCGAGACCUAACAAACGAAUUAGUUUACCUGAUAACUUUAAUUAUACAAAUCCAGGAGUAGAAACUGUUCAACUGCAAACCGCCAUGCAACAUAGAUUACUACAACAAAAGAGACAAAUCCUACAAAAACAAUGCGCUCUAUCACACCAAACAACACCAGUGCCUACUUUAGACACAACUCAUUCGUUGUCAAGGCGACAAAUGUUGAGACAAGCAAGUUACAAAAUAGCUCAACAGCAACCCGUCUUACCGCCUUUACCUUUGUCGGAAAGCGAAAGCAAGGAUCUGAUGGCUUUUCAAGCUUUAGUGGAAGGUUCAGGAGAAACAUGGAGCGUUACUAAUAAUUGUCCAUUGUCCGAACCAGUAUCACUGCCAACGCCAUCUUGGCAAACUACGAGUGCUACUUGGAAUCAGGUACCCCAGCGUUUGUAGUGAGCAGUGUUCAGUUUUUAAACAUUAGAUUAGAAGAUAGAGAUACUAGUUUUCUACAAACAUCAACGGUUCACCAGAAUUAAAUUUUAUUAAUUAAUUGUUUAAUAAGACUAUAGGUACAUUUCUAUCUUCUAACAAAGUGAAUUUAGUGCUUAGUUCUAUAGGCAUUACGAAAGCUUUUUAAUUAGAAUAUCACAAAUACUUUGUUUUUUAAUUUCUUGUUUAUACUUUUGUUUUUGGUUGUAGUAGAUUCUUUUUAAAGACAAAAAUAAACUGGAAGAUUGGAAAGUUAAAAAUAAUGUUCGAACAAUAAUUUGUAAAGUUAAAACUCUAAGAUCAACUGCUACAACGGUUUGUAAAGUUUUUGUAACUCGAAUUGAUUAUGUAAUACGAAUAGAUUAUUCAGUAUUUAUUUUGGAAGAACUAAUGUUCAGCAAGAUGAUGUAUUGAACAAUAUACAAUAAUAAAGAUUGAAGGCGGUUAUUCACUAGGUGGUACCUGCUUGACCCUAGUUUAAGUACUGGUACUAGUAGUCAAUUUUGUAAAAUUUUGCGAUGAGUAGAUAUCAUUGUUAGUUCGGCGAGAAUGCAUGUCAUAUUGGUGGAAUUCGUUGAGUCAGAAAUAAUGAUACUAUUAAGGCUUUGGCAAGAUCAGUUAUAGCUUAUUCAAUUGAACUCCAUAGAGUAUUGUAGUUAUGCAAAAACUUGCCAUUUGUGUAUAUGCAAACCAAUUGUGUUUGCGUACAUUGACAUUUCUUUUACUUUGGGUGAAGUUUCAAAAUGUUGCGAUUUUAUUUCUUUAAAUUCGUUGUAGAAAUGCCUUUAAAAACUCCGAUGGGAUACGUUUCCAGGCAUCAUGGACCUUGUUUUUAUUUUUGCACAAAUAUGAAUUGUUUCAAUGCAAUUCUGAAUUUAAUGUGAAUAGUAUAUAGUAAAAUCGUAGGACUGAUAAACUAAAAUUGCGAAUAAUUAAAAAAAAUUAUAAUUUACAGAAAGUAUAAAAGUAACUUGUGUAAGUGUAAAUUAUUAUACAGAGUGUAUCACAUAAGAACCGAUACAGAGCAGAGGUGUAUAAAAGAGACCAAAACAAUGACAAUAGGGGACCAUUUACCUCUAUACCAAGUUGUAUUACUAACGAGCUAUAGGACCUCAAAGUGUGGUCCAAAAUUUCGAGAAAUUUAAUUUUUUCGUAACACUUUACUCUAUAAUACCAAACUGGUACUGAUACUCGUUUUUUUUAUUACCGACUUAUCGCACAGCAAAUAGUUUUGCUGGGAAACUUUCACCUCCACUGCGGGUUCCUAAGUCGCGGUGGGGUUGGACGGAUUGUAUGUCCUCUGUUAGUCGCUUUUAUCUGAACUCCGCUCAUUAAUCAUUAUGGCACCAUUAACAAAUAUUUCUUCAUAAUGAUGAGCUGCCUUUCUUGUGAUUCCUUCUUCUCUGUUUUGCUCCCUACGUCUCCCUUCCCCUGCUGCAUGCAGGGAUGAAGAGUUCGGGUCUAUCUAUUAUCUUCUAAUGUUGCUGUGUGUUUGGACCUCUUUGUUUACUGUCCUGUUCCUUUCUUUUUAGAAUUUUUUUCACCAUACUCUCAACAGCUUUCCAUUUAAAAUCUGCUUCCAUCAUGAUCUGCACUAUAUUUUCUGGUCGUAACUCAGCUCUUACUGUUAUUUCAGACAAGUUUCUAAUAUCCGCCCACGCAGGACAUUUGAAAAUUGUGUGCUCUGCAUUAUCUAUCUCCGAGCUACAGUAUAGGCAGAUGUCAUUUUCAGCUUUACCUAUUCUCCUAACAUAACUUUGGAAGGAGCCAUAGGCUGUCAUUGUUUGGGUCAAAUAGUAUCCAAUUUCACCACAGGAUCUCUCAUACCACGGCGUAAUAUCUGGUAGCAGUUUGUGAAGCCACACGUCCUUGUCGCUGGCGUUCCAUCUAUUUUGCCAUUUCUGUACCGUUUCUUUUCGAAGAGCCUUUUUCUCACCUGCUGUCAUUCCUAUCGCUCUCGAUCUCUCUUCAACUAGAAGAUCUAUAGGUAUUAUUCGUGCAAGUACUCUUGCAGCCUCGGUUGAGAUAGUACGAUAGCCCCUGCAUAUUCUCAGCGCUACUCUUCUUUGUACUCGGCUGGCUAAGGUGUUAUAUUUGUUAAUCUCUAGAACACUACCCCAGAUUGGAGCUGCGUAUAAAAGUAUAGAUUCCGCCACGCACCCCAGAAUCCUCCUUUUUGCUUCACAUGGGCCUCUCAUAUUAGGCAUUAGACGACUGAGAGCAGAAACUGUAACGUUCGCCUUGUUACUCACAUAUCUGAGGUGUUCAGUGAACUUGAGCCUUCUGUCUAUGAUUACACCUAGGUAUUUCAUAUGGUUCUUUGGGUGAAUGGCGAGUCCUCCGAUCUUAAGUUCUAUUGGGCCAUUACGUUUCUUCCCAACUAUCAUCACAGCUUCUGUUUUCUCUGGAGCUAUCUUAAGUCCAACUGACCUCAUCCAAGCUUCUAUUUCUUCCAGAGCAUCAUUACACCUUUCCAUUAGAACUUGUUCUGUUUUGGCUUUGAUCAUGACUGCGAGAUCAUCUGCAUAGGCCACUGUCGAUACUUCUUCCAUUAGCCCUAAGUUUAAAACCCCAUCAUAGAUAAUGUUCCACAGCAAAGGGCCCAUAACACUACCUUGUGGCACUCCAGCUGUAAUGGGUACCAUCUCAUCCUCCUCUAUACAGAGAGACCUGCUAGAAAGAUAACUGCUCACCAUUCUUAGGAUGUAAGGAGAUAUGUCCCUCCUCUCCAGUUCACCUAUUAUCUGCUGUCAGUCUGCUGUGUUAAACGCAUUUUGAACAUCCACUGUAACAAGUGCACACAAUUGUCUAUUUCUAAAGGUCUUCCGCAGCUCUUCUCUCGCAAAGUUGCAAACACUUUCUAUGGCAUUUACUGUAGACAUACCCUUUCGAAAACCAAAUUGCCUGUUGGAAAGAUUUUGCUUGUGUUCAAGCUCUUUGCGUAUCCUUUCUGAUAGUAAGUGUUCUAGGAGUUUCCCUAAGGUGUCCAGUAAGCAUAAGGGUCUAAAGGAUGAUGAGCUAGGCCCGUCCUUAUUAGGUUUCCGUAGUAGUACCAGCUCAGCCAUUUUCCAGCAAGUAGGGAAGAGGCCCUCUCUAAGAAACGUGUUGAACAUUUUCAGUAAGUAUUCGGGUGCUAGUUUGACUACCUCUGAAGGGAUGUCAUCUGGACCUGCCGCUUUACCUGGUUUCAAUUUAUUUGCUGCCUCUUUAAGUUCUUCUGUGGUGAACAGGUCAAAAGUUACAGCAACGUACUUCUUCCAAGUAACCUCUUGGUGCUGCGGGAAUAAAGCAUUUACCACUUCCUUCUUCUUUUCAGGAUCUAUUUUUGUGUAUACUGGGAUAUACUGAUACUCUUUAUGAAAAUGUUAAUGGCAUUAAUUAAUGGUGAGUAAAAAGCAAUCGAACCAUUCUGGGGGGUUAAUUAGAGGUGAGAUAAAUUUGAAAUUUCACAGAAGUUUUUUAUAUGUCAAUAGGUUUAAAAAAUUCUAUUUUCAUGCUAUGGAUAAUUUUAUUUAAUAAAACUUUGUCAUUUUCAAGUUAAAGACGAAAAAUCAAAGAUGUGUUUUCAAUAUUUUAUUAUAUUAUUUAUUAUUUAUUUAUAUUCCUAGUGAUUGAAACGUUAUAAUUUUUUCUCAUUCAGCGAACAAGAAAACUGAAGAAGAAGCGUGGAAGAACAUCAGAGAAGGUUUCGUAAUCAAGUGGUUAUUCACAAAUAAACAUUUUCUAAUAUUGAAAGAUAGGCUCAAGAAACUGGAAAGUGUUAAAAAUAAUGUUAAUCGAGAACAUACUAUUCAAAUGACUUUGCGAAAUAAAGAAUUUAUUUCGGAUACCAUUGACGCUCAACAGCAUUUUAGCACUAGAACAUAUCAAGCUCAAAAAGUGUGUCACCUCGAGAUUGGUUCAGCGAGUAAAUCUCUAAAAUCAACAAGGUAAUUAAAUGUUAAAAACUACAAGUAGAAACGAAUGGAAGGGUAUAGUGAAAAUGGCAUCAUGAAAAGUCGAGACAAUAUUGGCAAUUGGAAAAAUGGAGGAAAUUGCAAAAGAAAUGUUGAAAUAGAAAAUAGACAUAUUGGCACUUCAAGAUAUACAACGAAAGGGACUAUCACACAUAAGCAAAAAAUACUGUUAUAUUAUAGGGAAUGUAGACAAGGAAAGUAUGGUUUUAUGACAAAUUAUAAGUAAUAUGAAAAUAUUUAAUAUUUAUGCACCGACAGAGGAUGCAAAAGAUGAAGAUAGAGAUGAAAAAGAAACUGCUUGAGUUAUGUGAAUGAGUUGCAAGACAUGAUACAAUAAUUAUUAUAGGAGAUAUGAAUGCCAAAACAAGGAAAAUAAUACUAGUAUUGCGCGCAAGUACACCUUACAUGAAACAACUAUUUUAUCAUUAUUUGUUAUUAAUUCAACCGAAGAACUCAACAUGUAUAUUAGCAGCAAUAGUUUUAAGCAUAAGAAAGAUCAUAAAAUGACGUGGAUGAUACCAAAGACUACGAUAGGAAACCUAACAGAUCAUGUCUGAAUAACAAAAAGAAAAUUAAAGGUGAUACAAGAUGUAUGAUCAUAAAAAAAGCUAGAGACUGAUCAUCAUUUCAUAAUAAAAUGAAAUUGAGAAUGGUCAAUAUAAUGAAUAAGACAAUGCAGUGAAUUAAAUGUGUAGAAACUAAAAGAAAUGUGGACGACUACGGAGAAGAAAGAGAUUAAGAUUAACGUAAAAACUGCGGUAGAGGAAGUUUUUUGUAGAAAAGAUACAAGAAAUCAUAAUAAAUGAGUUGACCAGGAUUGUACCAUAAAAAUUAAAAAGAAAAAAGGAGCCGAAGUAAAAUGGCUUCGAACUAUGCAACAAUCAGAUUAUGAUUAAUAUAUACAAAUAACAAAAAAUAGCUAAUGAAAUGAAAACAAGGAUAAUUAAAUGAUAGAAAUAUGUCACUUUUAUACCACAUGUAGCUUGUCGGAUUGGCAACUUGUGUCCUUUGACCUGAAAAUAUUAGGUUUUCAUACCCAUUAUUCAAAACUAAUAAUUAGUUAUUACGAGACAAGUACUGCGUAGUGAGUGGCCGCUUUAGAAUUGUUCAAAGUAAUGAUAAAAAUCAUGAAAAUGAUUAGUUAUCACAUCACUUCUCCUCGUUUCUAGUUUAAAUAUAAGUGUGUGGUUAUUUUUAGUUUCUGAUACCAAUACUAUGUCAAUACCAUGCUUUUAAAAUAAGUUUGAAGGGAUAGUUUGAUAUGGAACUAACAGUUCGUUUACUGUCAAUAAAAGUACAAUACAGCAAAAUUUAUAUUGUAUAAACAAUUACCAUUUUAAGGUUGAUUUUGUUAUAAGAGUUUUUAUUAUUUGACGUGAUACGAUUGAUCCCCAUCCACAUUAAAUAACUCUCAUCCUACCAAACAUAUUUUCCUUAUUUUUGCAUUAUUAUCCUUUGAUAAGUUCCUUGACAAUCUUUAAUUUGCUCAUCGUUAAGCCGUCCGACAGUAAUGUACAAUAGCUUGAAUAUUUUCUAGGUAUACAGAAUUUAUGAGAAUAUGAACGACACAUUAUCUACUAAAAAAUUAUCCGUAUAAGUCUCUAGCAACCAUAAGGUAUUUUUUUAUUCGAUAUUUAAACCAGAUUGUUAUUUGGCCGUUGGGUUCUACGUUAUAUAUUACCUAUCUAUCUAUUCUUUAAAAACGGAUAUUACCAUUUAUUGAUAUUAGUUUAAAUUCAAAUAUCGCACUUUUAUUUCCAUGGUGCAACAUCUCAAAAA